AUGUUGUUUGCUGCUUUUCAAUGGGUUGCGGAAACCCAUCAUCCAUCUGAGACCUAUAAUCCAUCGGAAACCCAUAAUCCAUCGGAAACCCAUAAUCCAUCGGAGACCCAUAAUCCAUCGGAGACCCAUAAUUCAUCGGAAACCCAUCAUCCAUCGGAGACCCAUAAUCCAUCGGAGACCCAUAAUCCAUCGGAAACCCAUCAUCCAUCGGAGACCCAUAAUCCAUCGGAGACCCAUAAUCCAUCGGAAACCCAUAAUUCAUCGGAAACCCAUCAUCCAUCGGAGACCCAUAAUCCAUCGGAAACCCAUAAUCCAUCGGAAACCCAUAAUCCAUCGGAGACCCAUAAUCCAUCGGAGACCCAUAAUUCAUCGGAAACCCAUCAUCCAUCGGAGACCCAUAAUCCAUCGGAGACCCAUAAUCCAUCGGAAACCCAUCAUCCAUCGGAGACCCAUAAUUCAUCGGAGAUCCAUAAUCCAUCGGAGACCCAUAAUUCAUCGGAAACCCAUCAUCCAUCGGAGACCCAUAAUCCAUCGGAGAUCCAUAAUCCAUCGGAGACCCAUAAUUCAUCGGAAACCCAUCAUCCAUCGGAGACCCAUAAUCCAUCGGAAACCCAUCAUCCAUCGGAGACCCAUAAUCCAUCGGAGACCCAUAAUCCAUCGGAAACCUAUCAUCCAACGGAAACCCAUAAUCCAUCGGAGACCCAUAAUCCAUCGGAGACCCAUAAUCCAUCGGAAACCCAUCAUCCAUCGGAGACCCAUAAUCCAUCGGAAACCCAUCAUCCAUCGGAGACCCAUAAUCCAUCGGAAACCUAUCAUCCAACGGAAACCCAUAAUCCAUCGGAGACCCAUCAUCCAUCGGAGACCCAUAAUCCAUCGGAGACCUAUCAUCCACGGAAAUGCAACGACGAUUCAGGUAGGUAA